CCUGGCUGGCUGGCUGGUCGGCUCACCGACAUUCCCCAACAACUCCCCCAUUCAGUCCGUCGCCAUGAACAUAACCUGGACACCAAAUGGAUCAGAAACGCCUACAACUCUUCGAAACCUCAACCAGGUCGCAGCUCACUCUACAACUGAAUUGAAGUCAUGUCGUCAAGCUUUGGAAGAUGCCCAGAAAGUGUUGGAGAGCGCCUUCGAGAUCCAUGCAAUCCUCUUGCGAUUAGAGGAUGCAGCUCCUCGAUUCAGGCAUGACCGAGUAGAAGAUAACAUCAGAUCUAUUAUGCGUAUCUGGGACUCUUUCGAAGACUGGACUGGCGGGCAACUUUCUCGUCUCUGCUUACUUACAAAGCCGGACGUCGACCGCGUGGUUCGCGACACGAAUUUUCGAGAAGUUUUACGGAGUCGAUUAACUGCAAUGGCGGCGCCCCAGGGAUUUACUGCUAAAAUAAAGAAGUUCAAUACGGAUACUUCCUUCCUGGUUCAAAGAUUACAUGAGGCCAGGAAUCAAAGCACUUCCGUUGCUCAGAAACGAGGAAACCCAUUUGAUGAUGAUGCGAACUCGAAGCGCAGCUGCACGACAAAUACACUUGGAACCAGGAUGGAUGAGUUCUAUGUCCCUCCUCCGCUGAGCAGCGACGACAGAAAAGACGGUCGACUUCCACACAACGGGACUCGGGAAGCUCACAGUCAGGGCUUCUCGGAAGCGACACAGCAAGCUCAAUCAAUUCAGAUUCCAGUUGGCGAAAAUCUGUCGGCAUUUACACGUAAUGAGGCUGAUCAUUCGGACGAAGCAGACAUAUCUGACGAUUUCCUUGGUGUGAACGAAUCGCACGGUGCCAUCAAUGCUGAGAUCUAUGAUGACACAUGGGAUAAAUCCAUCCAGCUUCCCAACUUCAUGACUACUCUCUACAAAGAAUAGAGAGGCAGCAAAACGACGGUCGCACGUCCGUGUUCGCUUCCAAGCGUAUGGAGGUACCGACUUCCACCUCGAUAUUGGAAACUUUCGGCUCCCCAGAAAUGAUCUGGAUUGGUAUAAGUAUUAUCGCUCCGGAGGGUACGGGCAGAGUCGCAGGCUUCAAGAAUCGGAGGGCGCGUUCGGUUGGAUGCUGGGUAAGUUAGUUUUCUUAGCGUUUCUAGUACGAAGUCGUUGGUACCGAUAGUGGAAAGAGUUGUAGAAAUCGAGACCCGUAUUGUAUCAGCCCGGCGUCGUCGUUGCAUUGCUCAAAAUCUCCUCGAGGUUCGAAAGAUGUCUGGUCAAGCCACGUUGCAAGAUUCUUUAUUUCCUUCUUCGCCGUCUCUGGCAAUGGCUGCAAGGAUACAUGGCUAAUCGGUAGGCUCAUCGCUCCGCUGACCUGAAGAG